GAAGAUGGCCGUCUCUCGCUGCUCCAUCCUUCUGCUCCCGCUCCCGCUCCUCUUCCUCUGCACCCUCCCGCCGCCCGCCUCCGCAUGCGACCGCUGCAUGCACCGCACCAGAGCCGCCUGCUACGCCUCCUCUCUCACCCUCGCCGCCGGUUCCUGCCGGUACGGCGCCGCGGCCGCGUCCCUCAACGGCGACCUGCUCGCCGGGGCGGGCCCUGCCCUGUACAGACAAGGCGUCGGCUGCGGCGCGUGCUUCCAGGUGCGCUGCAAGGACGAGGAGCUCUGCGCUACCGCCGGCGUGAAGGUCGUCGUCACGGACCGUGCCAGCACGAAGACGAACGACACCGACCUCGUGCUGAGCAGCCCGGCGUUCGCCGCCAUGGCCCGCCCCGGCAUGGCUGGGCGGCUCACCAAGCUCGGCGCCGUCGACGUCGAAUACAAGAGGGUGCCGUGCGAGUACUCGGGCAAGAACCUCUCGGUGCGGGUGGAGGAUCGGAGCCGCGCGCCCGGCGAGCUGGCCAUCACGAUCCUCUAGCAGGGCGGACAGACCGACAUCGUCCAAGUCGACGUCGCGCAGGUCUGUUCGUCGUCGAGCUGGACAUCCCUGACACGCGACCACGGGCCGGCGUGGAGCACGAGCCUGGCGCCACCGGGGCCGCUGAAGCUCAGGGCGGUGGUGACCGGCGGGUACGACGGGAAGUGGGUCUCGACCGACCGGGAGGUCCUGCCGCGCCAGUGGCGCGCUGGCGAGGUCUACGACACCGGCGUCCAGAUCACCGAGAUCGCCCAAGAAGACUGCUUCCCCUGCGACACGCAGGAGUGGAAGUGAAGGGUGACGGUGGACAAACAUGCAUGAGCUGCAGCUGAGGUGUGAGACACUACUAUGUAUCAACAUAAAAUGAUAAUAAGUAAUAGAUGACGAGGCGAGGCCGUGAGCUGAAUCGCCGGACGUACAAAAUACAACAA